AUGCCGCUCAACGAAGAUGGUAUGCCGCCUCGACAGUGUUUCGUCAUUCGAGUAGACACGGAGGAGGAGGUUGGCAAUGCCAGGGCAGUGCUGAUGGAAGCGAUGGUCCGCUGCCGUGCCAAAGCUAUCGAAGAGAGACUGGGAUCAGAGCAUUUUGAAACCCUCAAGGCAUCAAGCCGGUUGGCCAACGCGCUGACGGCGCGCGGUGACUGUGCCAAGGCGGAGCCGCUGUGCCGGCGAGUCCUGGCGAAUUACGAAACGGCGACCCUCAGAGAGGUGCACAAACUGAUGGAGACGAUGUAUUACGCAGGGAACCUGGCGGAGGCUGAGACUUUGUGCAGAAGAGCUGUGAUCGGACGUGAACGUGUGCUGGGAGAGAUGCAUGCGGAGACCCUGGAGUCGGUGAACGAUCUCGGGUUAGUCUUGAGGCGGCAGGGGAAACUGAAAGAGGCUGAGCUGUUUUCCAGGAGAGGUUUGGAGGGACGGGAGAGGCUGCUCGGGCGUAUGCAUCCGGACACGUUGGGGUCUGUCAACAAUCUUGCGUUGGUGCUGAACUACCAGGGCAAGCGCGACGAGGCCGAAGGCCUUUACAGAAGGGCUUUGGCAGGCUUUGAAGCUCAACUGGGAGCUCAUCAUCCGGACACAUUGACGUCUGUCCACAAUCUUGCGGUGUUGCUGUAUCAGCAGGGCAAGCUCCAAGAUGCCGAAGGCCUUUACCGAAGGGCGCUGGCAGGAAAAGACGCUCAACUGGGAGCCGGUCAUCCGGACACCCUGAACUCCGUCUUCAGUCUCGCGCUCCUUUUGGAGGCGAAGGGCGGCCACGCCGAGGCGCGGAGAGCGGUCGCUCCGAGCCGUGGAGCCGAGGUCAACGGGCCUGGGGUUUUCUUCGAUCGUGCCAUGGCAUCAAGCAGCUCUGUUCAGAGCGAGAUCCCUUCGAAAGCGGCUCCAGCCGUGGUCAACCUGCAGCUCUUCAAAGACAGGUCUGCUCAGACCUCUACGGUGAGGAUCAAUGAGGUGGAAGAAGAUCAGGGUGAUCGACGGCCCAAAUCUUUUACCCCGGCUCGGCCAGAUGUGACAGAUGUCUAA